AAUUUUCUAUAUUCCUCCGAACGUUUGCCACCCCUGACCACAAACUGACGUUUCUUCGCAUUGGCAUGUUGACAUUGUUUUGACACCUCAAUGGCUUGUUUUGCUUUUUUGUUUUGAUACCGAUCGAUUUGGCCAAAAUCAAAUUCUACAACACACCUCUUCGAUAAUCCAAUUUAUUCAUAAAGGUACGGGUCGUGGUUACGGUAAGGCGCGUCGUCAGUUAACCUAGAAUAGUGCAUCCUCUCCGCUGUAGACUACAACGUUUGCAUCAUCGACAAUCGUGAUGGAUGUGGAAAGUUUAAACUGUUUGCUCAGCGGCGAGUACGGGCGGGUGAAGGAAGCGUUGGUGAAAUUCAACAAACAGAAUUCCCAAGUGUUUAACUUUACGCACUUUACCAGCACCGGCCAGUGGGUGCUCAUAUGGAACAAAUUGUUCGACUACCUGGCGGACCCGUCCAUGCCACACCGUGUCGAUUGUUUGAUGGCCAUCAAAGUGCUUGCCCGCGACAAGACGUAUCUGAAUGAAACGGUGAGCGUGGAACAGCUCGACGGCUUACUGCAGCUGGCCGGUAUCGGACCCGCGGAUGGGUGUGACGCACCCGAAGAGGUCCAGGUGGAAGCCCUCAAAUGUCUCAGCAAUAUGAUAUUCCAGAGCACCAAGUGUCAGGAAAUGUGUCUCAACAAUGCUUCCACCGAGGGUAUCAUUAGGCGCGUUAAGAUGUACAAGGAGGCACCGUACGGAUACGAUAUCAAGUAUUUCGAUAUGAAGCUGCUGUUUCUGCUGACAGCGAUCAAUUGUGAUAUACGAGCCAAAGUACGCGAUCAACUGCACGGACUGGUGUACCUGGUGGAAACGCUUGAUCUGUUCAUGAGCCAAGCGGCAAUAUUUAAAGAAUUCAGCGACAAAGAUUUAGAUCUAAUCAAUGAAGUGCUGAAGGUGUUAUUUAAUCUAACCGUGCGCUCAUCGAACAAUCUCGUUCCGGAGGAGGAAGAAGCGACCGAAUUCCAUCGUUUGGUAACCGUACUGCACGAUCUGUUCUUCUACCGUACGCUGAACCGGGACAAAAUCGUACUGUUACACUCAAACAUCGUCAACCUACUCACGAGCGUCCCCGUAAGCUGCUAUGUGGAGCUCGUUUCAUCGUUAAAUGCAAAACACGACUGUACGGGUACGGGCGACAGUGGUAACGAUCCGUCCACUGUCGUACCGUUCGAAGGUAACAAUGUAUACGUGCUGCACGUGCUGGUAGAAUUCCUGCGCAAAAACUUCCAAAAAGCGGAAAAGAAAUCCGACCAAUACGAGAUGCUCUCACCGAUACUGACCGUGCUGAUAAAGGCGGUACGAGCGGACGGAGUGCAUCGUCGGUAUGUGCGAUCGAUCGUUUUGCCACCGUUGCGUGAUGUACGGGAUCGUCCGGAGGUGGGUAAGGAGCUGCGGAACCAUCUGUGCUCGCUGCUGACCAGCCCGUGCACCCAGAUUGCCGAUCUGUCGGCCGAGCUGCUGUUUGUCCUGUGCAAGGAAAAUGUGGGCCGAAUGAUCAAGUACACCGGGUACGGGAAUGCGGCGGGUCUUUUUGCCAACCGCGGGCUGCUCGGUGGUCGUACGGGCAAUGGAGGCGAACAGUACUCGUCGGACAGUGAGGACAGCGAUACGGAGGAGUACAAACAGAUACAGCACGCCAUCAACCCGGUGAUCGGAUGCUAUGAACCACCGAAACCGAACCCACUGGAGGGUAUGUCCGAGGAGCAGAAGGAGUACGAAGCGAUGGAGCUGGUGAAGCUGAUGGACAAGCUACAGCGCCAGGGUUUAAUACAGCCGUGUAAAAUCGGUGAAGACGGUAGACCGCAACCGGUGGACCAUAUAAUGGAGCUGCAGGAGGAAAUACCGGAACAGCAGAGAGAUCACAAGCGAAAAACUUAAGCACCGCAUUGUCGUGCGGGAUUGCAUUCCAGCAACAGAAGUAUUUAUCCACUGUCCCGGAACCCUUCCCAUCGGGGUGGUUUUUUUUUUUUUUUUUUUGGGUGUACCGGUUAUUAACCACGAUCGGUAACCGGUUCAAGCGCGUGCAAUGGUUUCAACAAACCCCGCAGUAUUUUCCGAUCGAUCACCGAUCUACCGAAGGGCGGCAAACGAAGCGAAAUGAAGAUAGGAAACAACAUACAAAACGGCUACCAAAAGCGAUGCCAAACACUAUUUAGCUCAAAUAUUCAUCGCCGUAAAUGACACACCGGACAACGUCGUCUCUAACUCUCUUUCUAUCUCUCUCUCUUCUUCUCUCUGCACAACAUUUGCCAAACAUAUUCGACCUACCGGAUAGGUACCGGAUAGACACACGUGUAGACUUAAUGUUUCACUUUCUUUGUCCGUAAAGUCGUUACGCAUUUGUGUUCCAAGCAGAAGGGCAUUAUUAAUGUGUUUAAAAUAGGUACUGCUUCCGUCGGGGGGGGAGGGAAAAGUUUUUCGAACGAUCGAAACAAAGGGCAAAAAUGGGAAAACUAUCCCGGCGAGAUCGAUAAUUCCAAACAGCGUGCGUUUCGAGGCGGCGCGAACAAACGUUAACAUGCUUAUCAAGCAACCAGCACCCGGAUAGAUAGAUGGUACAUUCAUAUACAUGUUUAUCCAUAUUCCAUUCACAUCACCAACGCGUUUGCGCUGCCCAUAUGCCACUCCAAACGCCCAACGGCCAUUCGAUGUUGUUAUUUAUUGUGUUUUGGAGACCUGGUAGGGGGAGGAGCUUUCGGGCCUUUUGUUUUAUGUUUUUUUAAUCUCGUAACUCCUGAAUGUUGUAGUCUGUUGUAUUUAUAUCGAAUCAUGGAUCUCCAGCCAACUUCAGCCAAUAAUAAAACAUACCUAAAUUAUGUGACGCUA